CAAUGGCUUGCGUGUCGAGCGAAAUAGAUUGAAAUCCUCGGAGCAGCCAUUGGCGCUGCUGCAGAGCGCCGUGCCGCAGCUUCUGGUGCGCGCGUCCAGCGGUCGGUUGAGCUUAGUUGUAAAGUCGGUUGUGCUUAGUAUUAGAUAGUAGCGCUGGGGUGUACGCCGCAUGUGCAGCCUGCCUGGCGUAGACGUGAACAAUGCACAAGCUGAGUAGAACUAGAAGAAUGCAGACACACGAUGCCAACCGGCUGCUGACACACGACGCCAGCCGGCUGCUGUAGCUAGUUUCCUGUACAGGGCCAGGAGUUUCGUGCCGACGCAUCUCGAUCGGAACCGUUUCGGGUUCUGGUGUCCAAAGUAAGCUGUGUGUAGAUGGAUAGGUAGCCAAAUUUAGCGAGCGUGGGAGGUUGGUCUAUCCGAUUAAGCUCGACAGCUUGAGACCUGUGUUUGUAACACGGCUUCCGUCUGUGUCCCACUCGUAUCGCUUUUUGUGGGGACAAUAGGUUCUUGUAGUCCCGCAAACGCCUCUUAUAGAAAGAUACUUACUGGCCUGCAAGUGCAUGGCUGCCAGUUCGGGCCACGAGGAGGGCUCACCAGCUGUAGGUUGCGCAAUGACCAGCAAGUCUGCAGGUCUAGUUUUGACCAGGAGGCCUGAUACUCUUCUACCAGGGGCUUCGUUGUAUUUCGAUGCCAAGUUGUGGUCGUGAAAAGAAAAUAAGCGUACAGAAAUGCGCGAGCUAAUCUUCUUUGCUCGGUUCCCCAGCCCAGCUCGGGGCCGCCGUGUGCACAGGUUAUUUUUCGUGCUGACGAGACGAUCUACAAAUGACGCCCUUAUUGCAUUGCACUACUUCUGCUAGUGCGGGCACAAGACAGACUUGUGCAGACAAGCUGAAGAGUACUGUGCGAAGCAGGAGCUAGUUUGAAUUGAAAACUGCAGCAACACUGCGAUUUUUAUGUAUCCGCUGCGUUCUUUCAUCACAUUGCGUGUAGCAGGAGACUACGGUUAUAAGCAAUUACGCACGAAGGGAUUGUAAUCAGUUGUGAAAAAAUGAAAACACCUAUUAACAACUACAGCAGGAGCAGCAUAUCCAUAUCGACAGGGAAAAUACAGAUAUUCCUGGGAGGUCUCCCCUUUUGAAAACUAUGCCUUCUCCUCUAUGACCUGCUCAGACGGAACAAUGUCAAACGCAAUGGCGUCGAUGCUAAUUCUCAACUAUCAUAAUAAAUGUAUGACCGGGCACGCGUGGUCUUGCGAGCCUGUGAGUCAAGGCCGACAGUGGUCGGUCUAUAUUUUAUGAGCGGGCUCAACCCGCCCAUCACGGUAACCAAAUCCUGAGUAGCAUGAAUAUGAACCAGACAGGGGCGCAGUUUUGCGUUGCUUUUCCUGUUCUGUGUUUGACAUGCUGGGUUUUCAGGGACUUGCGCCCCUGCCGAUGGUAGCUUGAUUGUGAUUUGCCGAGGGUGAUUGGAGCUACUGUUUCGCUCUGCCUUAGGCCGAUUUAUUUCAUCCUGAUUUCUCCCGUUCUGGAGAGGGAGAGAAGUUUAUUUUCAGUCCUAGUUUCGGACUAUGGUUGCUCUCUCCUGAUUUCUCCCGGUCCGGAGAGGGAGAGUGAGUUUAUUUCCAGUCCUAGUUUCGGGCUAGGUUGGAUUUCUCCUGAUUUCUCCCGUUCCGGAGAGGGAGACGAUGUUUAUUUCCAGUCCUAGUUUCAGACUAGGUUGGCUUUCUCCUGAUUUCUCCCGUUCCGGAGAGGGAGCGAGAGUUUGUUUCCAGUCCUAGUUUCGGACUAGGUUGGCUUUGGAUUUCCAUUGAUUUCUCCCGUUCCGGAGAGGGAGAGCGAAUUUAUUUCCAGUCCCAGUUUCGGACUAGGUUGCAUCUCUCCUGGUUUCUCCGGUUCCGGAGAUGGAGUGAGGUUAUUUCCAGUCCUAUUUUCGGACCGUGUUUGAUUUCUCCUAUUUUCUGAGGGAGGAUUUUAUUUUCGUCCUAGCCUCGGACUAUGUUGAUUUCUCGCGCUUUAUAUGUUCCGUUCUGGAGAGGGGACUUUAUUUCUACUUCUAGGCCUAGCUUCGGACUAGGUGUGAUCUCUCCUGAUGUCUAGCGUUCUGUGGAGGGGAAAUCUAGUCUCAGUCCUAGUUUUCUCGGACUAUGUCGGGCGUUGGUUGUUUUCUCCCGUUUCUGGAGGGAGAAAGUGUAUUUCUAUCGCAGACGGAACAAUGUCAAACGCAAAAAUGGCGUCGACGCUAAUUUUCAAAUAUCAUGCUGAAUGCAGGGAAAACGCCGGCGAAAAGCCAAUUGAGUAUUUUCUUUCCGUAGUGGCGCAGCGUAGGCGUACGCGUACACAUAGCAGAUUCUGCAUGGACAGAGAGACGCCGAUGUGAUGUGGCUUGGGUUCCACAAGUUUGAGCAGCUGAUAGUGCGGCGUGCACAUGAGGAGCACAAGAAGAACUCCUGACUCGACAGACUCCGAAAGGGGGGAUCACUGAGCACCUUCUGCAUCAAGAUUCUGCAUGACAUAUUUCUACAUUGCUUCGUUUGAAGAGAUUGUUCCCUCUGAGUAGGCCUGCAUAUGCUCUCCCGGCCGAAACCGAACCGACAACGAAACCGCAAGCGAUGAUCGCAGCUGCAGGUGGUUUAUCAAAUGCAAAAACGUCUGGGUCUGGAAACUUGUGAUGCUAAAAGUGGAUGAUAGCCGGACUGCCGUAGGCAGCCAAGCAUGACAAAUUUUUGAGCUGCUAUGUGUUGCGUAUUCCGCAUGAGAAACUGCGUUUUUGCAUGACAGAUGACUUUGUCCAAACUUAUUCUACCUAGAGUUUGUCGAGUAAGUGGUUACCGUUUAAAGGUUUAGAGAACGACAGGGACGCCCAGCCCUUAGCUUCCCAACAUGACAGAUAGGAGAGGCUUUUCGUGCCCAUGCAUCACAGAUUCUUGAGUCAUGUCAGACAUGCAUCACAAAUGUAAGAAUCUUCCAGACCCAGACACUUUUGCAUUUGAUAUGGUUCAGCAGCAGCACCGUCUCUACCUUCGCGGCAGCCGACGAAAAACUCGAGCCUUUUUCUCUCUUGCUCCACCUUGCCGUCGAGCUUCGGGGUGACGGUUUACAAUGCGGUGUUCAAUCAGCGGCAGAUGGACUCCUUCUAUUUCUGGCGGUACUGCGGGCCGGGGGAAACCAAGAGCCUGAUCGACGCGGUGCGGUUUCUGAAAAUCUAUCCACUGCAAAUAUGUCUGGGUCUGGAAACUUGUAAUGCUGAAUGGUCAUGGUUGAGCGCGCCUUUAAGUGCAGUGCAGCAUGACAAAUUUUCUUUAUUCUUAUAUACGCUUUCUGUUUCUGAUCCUAGUUGGUGCGCAUUACAAACUACGACUUUUCACGACGAAAUUGCGGCGCGAUUGUUGCUUUUAUUCAAUUACAGAGUUUCGUCCUGAAAUGCUGGACACGCAAUACAGAUUCAACCUUUAUUCCCGACCCAGACAUAUUUGCAAUGCAUAAAGUCAAGGGGUGCUCGAUUUCCAUGCCGCUGAAGGCCGAGGUGAUUCAACAUCUUGACGAUGUCGAUCCGGAAGCCCGGGCGGUGAACAGUGUGAACACUGUGGUGCGUUCGGAAUCGCCCGAAGCGGAUGGCCCCGCAAGGCUGAUCGGGUACAACACGGAUCUGAUGGGGUUUCGCGAAAUGUUCCAAAAGGUUGGUCGGGACAACGAAUUCUUUUCGACGACCGCGGACGGCGGCGGGGAUGAGAUAUUGCAGCGCGACGUCAACGUGUUGAUCUACGGCAGCGGGAGUGUGACCGACAGCAUCCUCCACGUGUUGCUGACUAUCAGAUGCAAAUAUGUCAGGGUCUGGAUGGAAUGGAACUUGUGAUGUUCUGCGUCAGUCUCCGAAAAAUCUGUAAUGCAUGAGUAGCAAAUUAUGAAUUGAAGUUGUGCACUUUAUUUUGUUUUGCUUUUCGUUUCAUUUCUUGGCCGCCCUGAGAGAAAAUUGCUCAUGCGGAAUGGGCAGUGCAAAGCUGUCGCAAAACGUGUAAUGCUGCGCCCUGCAACCAAUCCAAGCAAAGCCAGACCCUCCGGGGCAUAUAAUGCCUGCGUGACUCUGGCUCUUCCCGACCCAGACAUAGUUGCAUUGGAUGCUGACCCUGCAGCAGCAACUGCAGACUCAUUCCGUCGGAAAUCCCCAGAAAAAACUCGCUCUGUUCCUCACCGCACGGGACCGCGAGAAGGCCGCUGCCAAGGCAAAGGCGUGGGCAUCCGAAGCAGGGGAGGUCGAGGUCGUGGAAUUACCCGAAGUAGAUGUAGUUGCGGAUACAACCGCCGUCAAAGCGUCGACGCGGCAAUACCAGGUUCUCAUCAACGCGACACCGAUGUCGCUCACCGCGCCACUCCCGCCUGCGAUCACCACCUUGCUGACCUCGGCGUGCUCCGAAUCGGACUGCACGUUGAAUGUGUUGGACCUCGUCGUGCCGGAAAAACAGAACCACCUAAAAGCCUUUUGCGAGGAUUCUCCCCCGCCGUCGGGGGCGCGAGGAGGCAACCUGCGAUACUACGGGGGAUUUUUGAUGUACCAGUUUCAGGUGUGCAAACUAUCCAGGAAAAAACACCCACCCCCAUCCAUUUUUUGCAUGACAAACAAAGGAGUUUUAUGCAUGUUUUGUAUGACAAAUUGGAUGGGGAUGGGUGUUUUUUCCUGGAUACAAACAGUUCGAACUUUACACGGGCCAGAAACUCACACCCAAGGAGGUGCGCGAGAUUUGCGCAAGCAGGGGGUUGCCGUAGUUUUAUCCUUGCAAAAGUAUCGUACUCGUAGUAAUUGCACUUAUGCAUUACAAAUCUUUUUCCUAAGGUCAAUCAGCAUUACAAAUUCCAUUUCUCAUGCUGAGGAAAUUUGUCAUGCAACUUACACUAGUACGAUACUUUUGCAAUGCAUAGGAUUUUUGAUGUACCAAUUUCAGGUGUGCAAACUAUCCAAGAAAAAAACUGUGUUAGUGUAACUUUCUGUGGCUGACAGCAUCACAGAUUUCCUCUACAUGAUAGAGAGAACCUGUCAUGUGUGGCUUGUAAGGCAAAACACACAUGGAAAAAGGACUUCAUGGCUGUUUGGCAUGACAGGCGUAAAAACUCUCUUGCAUGUUCUGCAUUACAACAAAGUUACACUUACACAGCUUUUUUCUUGCAUACAAACAGUUUGAACUCUACACGGGCCAGAAACUCACACCCAAGGAGGUGCGCGAGAUUUGCGCAAGCAGGGGGUUUAUCCUGUGCAAAAGUAUCGUACUCGUAGUAAUUGCAAACAUGCAUUACAAAUUUCUUUCUCAAGUCAAAUCCGCAUUACAAAUUUUUUUUUCAUGCUGAGGAAAUUUCUCAUGCGAUUUAUACUAGUACGAUGCUUUUGCAUUUCAUAGGGUUGCCGUAGUGCUAGUGGUGAUUGUAAGUACGCAUUAUGGACAGAGUACUUCUGAUGCUCAAAGCCAAAUCAUGUGAGAGUAUAGCUGCACGACAACUCUCCCCUCACUCGUCUGAAGUCUCCAGCCUGUAAGUCCAACAAGGAUCCUAAGCACCAGUAGCGAUAAAUUGCGUCAAAUACAGCUACUGUAGAGUGCUGUUGGAUAAAGGACUUGAUUUGAUUAAGUCAUUCGUUUUUUAGACUACGGAGACGGACAUUUGACGCGGACGAUGUGCCAGAGAUCUACAGGAAAACGUUGGGGAUGCUGUGUGCUGAAUAAAAUAGGAAACUUUUGAUGUGAACUGAAAGCACACGAAGUGUGCUGCGUUGUCGCCAUUGUUCGCCGUCUUCCCGGGUGUGGAG